AUGUCCUACGCGCACUGGCAGCUGUCCAAGGCGCUCGCCGCGGCGUCGUCCCCCGACGCCGAGCUCGCCAAGCGUGCCCAGAAGCGCGCGGCGCAGUGGACCGACAUCCUCAAGGGCAUGGCGAGCGGCGGCCUCACAAUUGGCGCGCGCGUGCCCACCUCCUAUCCUGCGUGGGUGACGCUGCAGGUCGCGACGGGAGGGUUCGCAACCGGCACCGCUGUCGCCGAGGGCCCCCUCGCCGCCGACGAGACGGCGCUCGCCACCGAGCUCGGGCUGGACACUGCCGACGCCCCAAAGACACGCGAGGGCCUGUUCGCGUACUUCCUCUCCGAGGACGGGCAGGCGCGCCUCCUGUCAGCACUCGACUCGGGGACGUACCGCAUCGACAUCCCGGAAGACGCUGCGCUCCUCGCCGUCGCGUACCUCGCGCGCGCGGGCGACGGCGCCGCGGCCCUCGAGAUCGUGGAGCGCAUCAAGCCGUACGCGCGCAAGCUGCGCUUCAUGCCCCGCCUGGGGAGCACCGGCGCCCUCCCGCUCGGCUUCGUGUGGCGGUACGACGCCGCGCGGGCCAAGGACGUGCUCGCCAGCCGACCGAAGCAUCCCCGUAUUGAGGCGCAGCGCGAUGCGAUCGCCGUCUGGACGCCGUUCGGGGACAAGGCGCUCGCGCUGUUCGCCGAAUACGUUGGCGCUGGUUCGUCCGCGUCCGAGCGCUGGGUAGCGGCUGCAAAGGCGCUGCUCGCAGAGUACGAUGAGCUCGCAGCCGCGCACCCCGACUCGGUCAAGCACCGCCGCGUGUCCGGCGCGACGUCCAACCUCGGCGCGCUCGUGUCCGCCGCGCGCAAGCUGGUCUCGGGGGAGCCGUUGACGGCACGCGAGGAGGGCCGCGUGCGUCUGUCUGUCAAGGACAUGAGUGCGAAGCGCGCAUCUACAGGCUUCACCGCCCUCCGUGCCCGGCAGGCGCGCAUCGCUGCCCUGCCUGCGCAUAGCGAGCUCGCAUCCAUCGCGGCCAGCCGGCUGGACGUCCUCGACCUCUCCGCGUCGGAAGGCAUCACCGACCUCGAUCCGUUCGCCGCGCCGAUCACGGCCAUUGAGGCGAGCGAGGCAGUGCCCGUGGGAACGCGCCUCCCGCUCGUCGUCUUACGCACACUGGAGCAGAGUCGCGCCGCGCCGGCUGCCGACCUCGUCGCGGAUGGCACCAUCCCCUCGGCGACAGAUUUCAGCACGCUCGUCCCCCGCGCCGUCGCGCCGACCGUUGCGGAGGGAUACGACGACGCCGUGCUUGGCCAGCUGAUGGCACGCCACCAUGCCGCGUUCGCCAAGCGCCGCUCGCUGCUGCUCCUGGGAUACGCCCACCAGGUGCGCGAUAGUGAGCUGCCGUGGAUCGCGCCCCUGCUCCGUUUCCGCAAGCCGCGCGGCGCAUUCACUGCCAUCAGCAGCGUGGGCCAGACGUCGCUAGCGGCGUGGCCUGGCACUAUCCUUCCCAACCCGCUCGUGUCGCAGCUCAACAGCCUGUGGCGUGCGUCGCUGCCCGCUGACACAAAUCCAAAUCCACCCAAGCGCAAGCCUACAAACGCGAACGCCGAUAAGCCACCCCCCGCCCCCUUCCUCGAAGAGCUCGCCUCGGACAUCUUCAUGGGCGGGUUCAGCGACAAGUACGCCAAGGCUGCCCGUGACGCGGCGCCACUCCUCGCUGGCUCAGUGUAUGCGCGGUACUACGAUGUCGGACCCGUCAAGGACGUGGCCACAGGCAAGGACCUCGGCGCGCUGUGCUACGAGCGUGUGGACAAGUAUGGCAAAGGGUCGCACAUCGCGCGCAAUGGCGCUGCAAUCGAGCAGGCCCAGAUCCUCACCACCCACAACCUUGCGCUGCUUGCAUCGUUUGGUGUAGAGCCAAAUGAGGGCGAUGCGUGGGACUCGUGGGCCGUCGGUGCGUGGCACCAGGUCGUGCUGUCCCUGCGACGUGCGGCCAAGAGCUUCACCAACCAUCGGUACACGCGCGCGCUUGCGUACACCAAGGACGCGGCGUACGCGCUGCGUCAGGCCCUCUUCUUCCUCCUGCAGGCGGGCGACGGGGCGGAGGACGAGUUUAUCGAGGCAGCCAAAGCCGGGUUGCGACCCAACGCCAAGGGCCUCGACGCGUGGGUCAGCAAGGUGUCCGCCAGCGUCAUCGCCGGACUCGAGGACGUGAUCGCGGGAGGCUCGUUCAACGCAAAGGGCAGGUCGGCCAACGGGCGCCAGCUGCUAGGCUGGAGCCUCGGCAAGCACUGGGUGCUCAAGGACGUGAAGACGUUCGUGCCGAUGCGGCCCAAGCCGCCGCCGCCGGCAUGGUACACGGGCGUGGCGAUUGUGGGGGAUGAGAACGAGGAGGAGCAGGACUGGGAGGAGAACCUCGGGUCGUGGGACGCCGAUGGCACGCACGAGGAUGAUGGGCAUGACGAGGACACGAAGAAGCCGUAG